UUCCACGAAAACAAGAAUCGUCUAGUAUACCUUGACAUGGCGAAAACUGAAAGAAACCAAAACCAGUGCUUAAUUUUACUUGAUUUUAUUAGUAUUCAGUGAGAUGGAGAUGCGAUUAAAAGGCACGCCAAUUUAGUUUUGGUCUAAUCUUCGCAAAAUUCUUCACCUUUUAUUUCCUGAAAGGUGAAUAACACCAAGAUUAGGUCACACUUAUAGCGCAGUAUCGGCCCGGUAAAUAAUUCAUAUCGAACCGGUUUUUAACCAAUUGGAGGUUUAUUCACUGACAAACAACACUUUCCUUGGCCCUUAUGUUUGAUGGCGUACCUCUUGUGAAGUUUUGUCCCCUCCCAGUUGGGCGGGUAAUGCGAUGUGAAAUAUAACAAAAAAUAGAACAUUGAGCUGAGCUAAGCGAGAGGUGAAAGGCUGCCUCCGUUGGCCGUAUCCGUAACGUUAAAUAUGGCGAGAGGUUUGGCUUUACUGGUUUUAACUAUUGUUUUAUGGACUGCAAUUUCGGCCGAUGAAGUCGAAAAUAAAGCAGACAACAUGGCUAAAGCUAUCGCGCAGCAAAACAAAAAAGUUGAAGAGCAAAGCGAAGCUAUGGAAAAAGCCAUUGACGAUAAAGGAAAGCUUGUUGAUGCCAAAGAAGAGGAAGAUAAAUUUGAAAAAGCCAGCGAAAAGGUAGACGCUGUCGGAGAUGCAGCCGAUACAAAAUUUGAACAGAAAGCCAAUUUGGUUGAUAAACUUGCCGACGAUACAAAUACCGCUAUUGAAAAUCAAGCAAAAAAGGUUGAGGCACUGGGCACUCGAGCGGAUGUGGACGAGGAACGUGCCAGUAACCUGGUAGAGAAAAUCGGCAACAAGAUUGAAAAGAAAAUAAAGGAUCCUGAGACAAAGGUGAAGCCGAAGUCCCGGAUGAGUAUCUCCUACACGGUCCGAGUCCCUCACGAAGUUCCCACUGAUGAGAUGGCAGAUAGGGACGAGUAUGAAAGCGAGAUUAAAUCGAACACAGAAGAAGAAAAGACGUACCCAUGGCCUCUCCGUCAAGAAAUACAUGGCUACAUCCCAGACUUCCAUCAUAACCCGGAUGAAGGUGCAAGCGACAUGAGCCUGAAGCCGUUCAAAGUCGACGACGCAGCGGUGGACCAUGAUGCUUUGUCAAAUGAGGAAUUCACGGAGACACCGAGUUUACGAAACCACCUUGAAAAAAUGUUUUACAUGCCUCGACAUCCAACUCCUCCUCCUGAAAAUCCCUCCCUCCCUCCUCGUCUUCCUGAAAGACCGCCCCUCCCUCCACGACCAUUUCUACCACAUCAUAAGAGAUUCGGUAGGCGCCGGCAUCACUUUAAGGGAUAUGGCCCUCGAAUGGGGAAAGAAGGGUUUAUUCAACCUACUUCUAAAAGCAGUGAUCUUGGGUUACUUGUGUUACCAAGUGGCGGGCCUAACAGGCUGUCUGAGGACGUAAGGAAUCAAUUGGAGGAUGAUGAGUUAUUAAGGAAGGCUGCUAAACAGGCUUUUAACAAUGAUGAAGACAUGGAUAUCACGCAAGAAUUGCAAAAGAGCGCUGCAGAGGACAACAUGGAACGACAGUGGAUGAAAAUAAACGCCAUUGGCAGUCCAGAGCUGUUGCUUCACUGGCCGCGCACCAGCAAGAAGCUGGGCGCCAUUGGUCAGCAGCAGGUCAGCGUUGUCAGUCCUGGCGAAGUAGAUCUGUUACAAACUGAAUACCCCGACUAUCCCAAACCAAAAGCCAUGGGAACUAACGUCCCAGGAAUCAUCAGGAGCAAGAUUAGUAGGAAAAGAAAAGGAGAGGCGUCAAAGAAACUAAAACAGUGACAAAAUUGAAUACACAAAAAGAAAACAGGACAAUUGCUUUCAAUACUAUUCCUAAACUGUUUCUCUCGAAAAGUUACUCGCGGACACUUAAAUUUAUAGUUCUGUAUUGUUGUCUUCCAUCCAACGCAUCUAGUCUUCAAUUUGAUGAUUGUUUGUGCGUAACUUUCGUAGGUGGGGUUUGUUAACUUCGCGUUAAAUCCUUAGUCCAAAUUUUUUUUUUUCUUGUCCGCUUUAUACAGCAUGUGUCACAGGAAUGGACUUAGAGCCAUCUUAUUCAACACAAACAAUGGUUUGAAACGAUAGACACUACUUUUAGUUAAAUGAAAUGAAGUACAUUUUUCCACAGAAUUACACAUUCAACCAAUUUGUACAGACUAAUAAACAAUGACUGUAAAACA